CGGUGCUGAAAUCAACCGGCACGCAAGAACACACACUACACACGCCCCAAAAAACAUGGAAGCCAGAGAUAGAGGAUCCCCGUGGAAACUUUUCGCACUUUAUUCGCUGCUGGCUAAUGCAUUUGCUCAAGAUUUCGGUCCGACGCAGUUUAUCUGCACAUCCGUGCCCAAAGACGUGGACAUUUGUACGGCCACUCUACAGAACAGUGUGCCCGGUGAGGAGCUUAGAGCUACGGUCAUGCAGCUCAGGGAGACGGUGCUCCAGCAAAAGGAGACUAUCGUGAACCAGAAGGAGACCAUCAGAGAGCUCACUGCUAAACUGGCGCGCUGCGAGAGCCAGAGCACUCCGGAGGCUGGAGGAGGAGGAAGAAGGAAGGAGUUGGGCUCCAAAAACACCAUGGGGGAUGUAUCAAGGGGUCCUAGUGAGACACUCGCGCAACUCUCUCAGACAUUGCAGAAUCUAAAGCAAAGAUUAGAAAACCUGGAGCAAUUCAGUCGGAGUAACGGCUCAGCUCCGGCGAACAGCCUAAAGGAUCUGCUGCAGAGCAAAAUCGACGACCUGGAGCGCCAGGUGCUCGCCCGCGUUAACGCAGUGGAGGAGGAAGCCAGACCGGCCGCGCGCAACGAGAGCGCGCAGCGCGGGCAAGUCGAGGCUACGCUUACAUCUCUGCACCAGCGCCUCAGCGACCUGGAGAAAGGUCAAAAGGAAAACAGGCCACUGGACAAAUUCCAGUUGACGUUUCCACUGAGGACCAAUUACAUGUAUGCUAAAGUGAAAAAGAGUCUGCCAGAGAUGUAUGCCUUCACCGUGUGUAUGUGGAUUAAAUCUAAUGCCUCACCUGGAGUGGGAACGCCAUUUUCCUACGCUGUCCCUGGUCAGGCCAAUGAGUUAGUUCUUAUUGAGUGGGGAAACAACCCAAUGGAAAUUCUUGUUAAUGACAAGGUUGCAAAGCUGCCUUUUCUUAUUAAUGAUGGGAAAUGGCAUCACAUCUGUGUUACAUGGACGACACGUGAUGGAGUGUGGGAUGCUUUUCAAGAUGGCGUGUUGAGAGGAAGUGGGGAGAAUCUGGCACCGUAUCAUCCAAUUAAACCACAAGGCAUGCUCAUAUUAGGGCAAGAACAGGACACUCUUGGCGGAGGGUUUGAUGCUACUCAGGCAUUUGUGGGUGACAUGGCCAAUUUUAACAUCUGGGACAGAAAACUGACUGUAGGGGAGAUUUAUAACCUGGCAACAUGCAGCAGCAAAGCACAAGUGGGUAACGUCUUCUCCUGGCUGGAGACCAGCAUUGAAAUCUAUGGUGGAGUAUCCAAAUGGACCUUCGAAGCUUGCCGCCAACUGAACUGAACAUUAAGGGAAUUAUAAAGCUAACAAGAAAUCAUCCAGUUCAUCAUCAGAUAUAAUUUAAUAGCUAUGGAGGUGACCAUGGCAACAAAAAAGCACCACUUGGAUUUUUUAUUAGUGUAUAAGAAUUUAUGUGAACACUUGAGAAGUUUUUUGUUUGUGAAAAAAAAAAAUCUGCCCACAUCUAUUUUGGAUUUUGAAACUAAAGAGAAGCGAGAAAGGGUUUGUAUUCAAAGUUUCUAUUCUGACAACACUGCAUUAUUACCAACGUUUUUCUGAUCUUCUGCUGGGCAAAUGAUGCCUUACUGAACAGUGAUCAUACUUGACUUACAAAGGGGUUUGAUUAUAAUCCUAUGAUUAAUUUAUCAUUAGUACACAAAGUCAGAUAGACUUGCAUUAAUUUGCAAUGUCGUAUUAUUUACUUUUCCAUACAAGAAUAACACUGGCAUUUUCACUGUGAACAAUAGAAGAUCUAAAAAAAUAUAUUUAUUUUUUCCUUGGAAAGUUUUCUCCCCCCAUGUUAUGUGUGUUGUAUGCAAGUGGUUGUGCGUGUGUGUGCAUGUGUGUGAAAAGCCUUGGAGUUGCCAACAUUUUACAAACUUGUGUGCCUUUGGGCUGUUGAAAAAUCUGAAAGGUCAUUAUUUAAGAUUUAAAUCAUUUAAUAUUUGCAAGUACUUGUAAAUGUGUUUAUUUCCUUGUGUAAUUAUUGAUUCUGAAAGCUAUAUUGAUUAUUGUCAUAACACUACAGUUGGCAGUCUUUGCAUAUUUGAAGCACAUUGCCUAAAGCACAUGACCCAUAGUGUGUUCUACAGGUGUUUCUAUUUUGUAAGGAAUGUUAUUUACAAGAAAACAGCAUGAUAGUCUUAAAUACUACUGCAGCAUCAACAAUCAAAAAUGCUUUUCCUAUUCUCUUUUUGGGUUUAGAUUUUAUACCGUAUUGUUCUAUGCUAAAAGCAUGGCAGCACAAAAAUAUAAAAAAGAUCUAAUGUUUGUAAUAAAAUUGUAAUACCUAAAUCAGCAGAA